AUGUUAUGGGGUUGCUUCUUAUACAACUGUGUUGGGAAAAUAGAAGUUGUUAAAGGUAAUAUGACAGUCAUUUCAUAUACUCAAAUUUUAAACAAAAAUUUACUUUUAUCUGUUAAUAAAUUGAACAUGAAUGAUGAUUUUAUCUUUAACAAGAUAAUGACCCAAAGCAUAAAGCUUCUUUAA